CGCGCGGCACCUGUCCCCUCCCCGCCAGCUGACAACCGCGACGCGUGGAGUCGUCGUCGGGGGCCGCUCUUCUUCCUCCUCCUCCUCUUCCUCCUCCUCGUCGCCAUGGCGGUGGCUACGCUCUCUCUGCUCGCCGUGCUGGGCGUCACGCUGCGGGCCGCCCUCUUCCGCGCUCCCGCCUUCGUGGAGUUCGCGGCGGAGCGAGUCGAGGCCUCGACUCCCGUCACCGCCUGGAAGCGCGUUAUCGAGGCCAUGACGAUGUUGGACCUGGGAAUCUCGCCGUACUCUGGGGACAUUUUCCACGAGACGCCCAUGAUAAUCUACGUCUUCCACUUCUUGGUCGACUGCUCUGAGCUUGUCUUCAUGUUUGUGGAUGUUUUGACAACUGUCAUCCUCUACCUGGCUACUAAACAACUAAUGAACUAUUUGCACGAGCGGCAGAAGCAAGAGCAUCGCCUCUACAAGGUGGACACGUCUCCUCUCCUGCUGGACCCACGAGACACCAGCUACCUCCCUCUGCGCGUCGCCAUGGCGUACCUCCUGAACCCCUACACCAUCCUAACAUGCGUGGCUCGGAGCACCUGUGCCAUAAACAACCUUUUCAUCGCCCUCAGUCUCCUGGCCACACUGCAUGGGAGCAUUCUCAUGAUGGCAGUUUUCCUGGCACUGGCCACCUACCAGUCCCUCUACCCUGUGAUGCUCAUUAUACCUGCAACCCUGCACAUGGCCCAGAAGCACGUGAAGGGCGAGGCGCGCUGGAGGAGCCCCGCGUUCUGGGCGUUUGCGACCGAGUGCGUCUUCGCGUUCCUCGGCUGCCUCGCCAUCCUCCUGUGCCUCUCCUUCACGCUACUCGAGUCCUGGGAUUUCAUCGGCGCCACAUACGGCUUCAUGCUGUCUGUGCCCGACCUGACUCCCAAUGUGGGACUCUUCUGGUACUUCUUCACCGAGGUGUUUGAGCACUUCCGCCUCUUCUUCAUCUGCAUCUUCCAGAUCAACGCCUUCAUCUACACCGUGCCGCUUGCCGUGCUGCUCAGCAAGCACCCCUUCUUCCACAUGUGCCUGCAGGUGGGGCUCAUUGCCGUGUUCAAGUCGUAUCCCAGUGUGGGCGACCUCGCCCUCUUCCUGGCUCUGCUGCCCAUGUGGACUCACCUCAAGUGCUACCUGAGGAACACGCUGCUCGUCACGUGCCUGCUGGUCGUGUGCUCCGUGCUCUUCCCCGUGCUCUGGCACCUGUGGAUCUUCUCCGGCAGUGCCAAUGCCAACUUCUACUACGCCACCACGCUGGCGUUCAACACGGGACAGAUCCUCCUCAUAUCCGACUACCUCUACGCCUUCCUACGACGAGAGUUCCACCUCUUUCACGGCCUACGCGUCAAGAGCGACGACGGCAAGGACUCGUAUGUGCUGCUAAAAUGAGAUUCAGCAAUCUCGACGACGACGAGAAAUUCUUUCGACAACAACAAAACUAUCGCCGAGGCCGGACUUGAGCGAGGCGGUGAGGCACGCCGUGCAGAUUGAACGCAACUCUCGCGUCUUCGGUACUGAAGGCCCUCUCUCCCCCCCCCCCCCACCACCACAUCCCAGCUCUCCCACCACUCCACCGUUUUGUGCGGUUACCACAUGGGGAAUGGAUCGCCACGUGAAUUAAAGGGGACGAAAUAUUCACCGGUGGUGAUGUCGCACGAAGCGAUGCUGUCUGAAACAAGCAUUCGUGUAUUUGUUUUCUGCCGCAAUGGUCUGCUGCUAUCGCGACGUUGCGAUUAAGAGAGCACCGAUUAACUGCUUCAUGUUCGGCAGAAAUAAAAGAGAUUAAUAAAUACUAAAGACCUUCGACACUGGAUAGUUUUAAACUGAUUGCCAUCAAUGUAUCAUCUGUGCGGUCUGUUAUCUGUCUGACAUAUCUUGGAGAACAAUUUGGGAAAGAUCAAGCAUACAUAGGCAUUCAGUAAUGAUGUUCAACAUGCGUUUGUCUUAAAAAGCAUUUAUAUUCAUACGGAAUCUGAUGGGUAGUUAUCAGGGGUAAAAUACGUUUGCGUGUUUGCAAAUGGUCCUCCUUUUGCACUGGUUUGCAAAUAUCCCUUCGAUCAAUUUGGCUGUUUUUAAAAAGACAGCUUGAGACGUAUUGUGUCAUCUUUACGAGAGUAAUCGUCACCCCGCCCACCCCGCCUUGCCGACAGAGCUGAUGCAUCUCAACACUCUCAACCUUCAUUGGAAAGAGUUGGAAAACAUACGGAGCAAUUUGGCUUCAGCUUGGGGAGGUAAUGUGAAUACUGCUGAUUUGGCCCAAUCGUGAAAGCGGACGGUGUACAAUCCUACUUGCAGGACCACGUGAUGGUUUAAUUUAAAACGAGUUACGUUUGUGUUUUUGCCGUUUUUUGUUUGUUUUGUAAUACGUGUUUUGCAUUUGUAUGUUUGGAGACUGAUCAGGGGCAUGGACUGUCUUUUACACAAGUAGAAUGAGCAAUUAUCGGUAUCGAUGAUUGACUCCAAACCUCGUAAUGCGGUGAAUGCACUACGCGGUCUACUUUUGUCGGAAUCGUUUUAAUAAAACGCAAAUGUGUUGCUCGGCCAA